GCUACGAAACGCUGCAGUGCUGCAAGAAAUGCCGCAGUGGACAAAUUUUCAACUGCUUCUAGGUGUAUGGCCUUCGUUACUAAGCAAACGAAGACACAAAUAUAACACUGGUCCCGCAAAGUCAACCCCGACCUCAAAGAACGCUGGUACUCGCUCAACGCGACCUUUUGUUGGUGACCCAAAACUGCUGCCGAACAAUAGCCAUUACGCCGGAGGAUCCAACGUGGAGAUUCUCACGAUGAAUGGCCGCGAUGAGGCUUCUUACUACCGGAUGCUUAUGCGGGCUCGCUGGAUGAUACGCGCUGGACUUCCUCUGCCGGACCUUGCUUUUGAACCACUCUAACGAUGACCUUCAUUGCCUGCCAAAGCUCGCUGAUUGCGGGAAAUCGCUCCAUUUUGCGG